UAGAGAACGCUACUCAGCGUCACGGAUAUGCUUCUCGUAUCCGAUAGACGCCUCCUAGCGGUUCAACAUCGAUGCCCAUGGUUGGUCAGAUAUGGCACCACCAGCGGACCGGGGUCAUUCCUAUCAUCUCCGCGCCUAUGGUCCGGCCCUUGGUCCAGACUCCAGUAUAAAGAGGCUCUUGACAGUCCUCCAAGUCAUCUCAUUACGAAACGAUGACUACCCUCCUUUCGACGCCAUCUGUGAGUCCGGUGCUCAUAUGUGUCGUGCUGCUCUGUCUGGCACUCCUCCGCUCUUGGGUACGAGCGAAAGGCCGACACCUGCCUCCUGGCCCGAAGCGACUUCCUAUUAUCGGCAAUGCCCUUCAGGUACCGCUCGAAUGCCAGGAGCUUACUUUUGCCGAAUGGGGCAGCAGAUUCGGGGAUGUCAUCUAUGCACGCUUGUUUCAGAAACACGUCAUUGUGCUCAACUCCGUGCAUGCUGCUCGUGAGUUGUUGGAGAAACGUGGUGCGAUAUAUUCAGAUAGGCCUCGCUUCGUCAUGUUUGCCGAACUAAUCAAGGCAUUUCACCCGAAUAUGAGUCUCAUGAACUACGGCGAUGCUUGGCGUCAACAGCGGAAGUGGUUCCAGACGACCAUCUCAACCAGGACUGCGCUAGACAGCUUCCAGCCAGUUCAGCAGCGAGAAGUGGUGCAGUUCCUUUCCGAGCUGCUUCGAACACCUCAAGACUUCGCGUCGCACAUUAAGAGGUUUACGGCCGGCAUCUUAUUCGAGAUCAGCUACGGACAUACCGUCACGUCCAAUGAUGACGAUCUGGUGGUUAAGGCAGACGAAACCAUAACGGGAAUUCUUGAAGCCGGCGGAGCCGGCUCGACUUUGGUCGACUUCGCUCCAAUAUUGCAGUAUAUUCCAGCGUGGCUGCCAGGUGCGGGAUUCAAACGCAAUGCCUUGAAGCUGAGGCGGUCGGCAUUUGAAGCCAUGAACGUCCCGUUCAUGAGGGUAAAGGAGGAGAUGGCAUGUGGCGUUGCGAAACCGUCGUAUGUGAGCAGACUGCUCGAGGAAACAUCCAACAGUCCUACCCGUGUCGAGAGCGAAAAUAUAAUCAGGGCAGGCGCAGCCCUUAUGUAUGAAGCUGGCAUCGAUACCACCGCUACGACGAUCACGUCAUUUUUCUUAGCCAUGACUUUGUUCCCCGAUGUCUAUCGGAAGGCUCAGGCAGAGAUGGAUACAGUCGUCAGUCGUUCACGGCUCCCAACCCAUGCUGACAGACCCUCGCUGCCCUACCUGGAGAGCGUGUUGAAGGAGACGUUCCGUUGGACCACUCCCGUUCCUCUUGGACUGCCUCAUCAAGUCACUGGUGAUGAUGAAUAUCGCGGAUACUACAUUCCUGGAGGAUCUAUGAUCAUAGCGAACAUUUGGGGUAUGAGCCGAGACCCGGGUAUGUUUCCUGCGCCAGAGGUUUUUGACCCAGACCGCUUUUGCAAGACUGUCGAGGAUAGGGAAGGUGUACUCGAUCCUUCUACAUUUGUGUUUGGGUUUGGACGGAGGGUCUGCCCUGGCCGCAUGCUCGCCGACUCGAGUGUCUGGCUAAUUGCAGCGAAUUUAGUAGCGACCAUGGAUAUCGGAAGGGAACGAGAUGAAGCAGGACGGGAGGUCAUCCCUGUCCCAGAGUUCGUACCCGGGACUGUAAGGCACCCGAAGCCGUUCCUCUGUAGCAUCAAACCUCGACACAGCAAGGUGUCUCAGCUGAUCUCCCAAGUCAGCAUUGACAGCAAGUGACGAAUCGAGAGCAGAAUUGUAGGGCUUUUACGUACCUGUUGAAAGGCUAUUAGUUCGAAUUGUAGGAAUAUAUCUCGCGAUCAGGCGCGCCCUGGACGCGAACGUUUGGUCGCGCGGAACCUAUGAUUUUCCUCGUCCCUUCUGUUGCUCCUGGACGUCUUGAAUGCAUUGAAAUCUGAUGUCACUUGCCUCGUUCACUACAUGUUUUUCACGUCGAUAUGAUGUAUUUGGCGCAGCG